UGGGGGCGAGGUGAUCGAGGUCGAGGUCUCUCCGUUAAAAAAGAAACUGGCCUUAUCAUCAUAUGAAAAACGAAUGAUUCACAAAGCCCCAAUAAGUCCACCUACGCACUCGUCAUCCAUCCCUCAUUUAUUAUUACAGAGUGAGGAAAGCAGAUAGCUAGCUAGCUCCCUAUUAAUUCAUUCCCUCAAUAUCACUAUUCUUCCUCCUCCUCCCUUCUUUCUUCUUCUGCAUAGCCUAUUAAUUUUGUCUCUUAAAUUAUUUUGCAGGUCGUAAUUAGACUAGAGACAUCUAUUUAGACGCACAGCCUCAUAUGGCGUUUGAACAUGAAACCACAGCUACUACCCUUCUCUACUCUUCGUCAGUACUUAUGCAGGAAGAUGACGAUGAUCAGGAGUAUUGCAGCAGUAGUGAUCCACCAAUUGCUAAUCACUGUCGUCAUCGCGAUCAUCACCAGCAUCAUCAUCAGCAGCAGCAGUUGCUGGCAGGUUUGUACGAGUAUGAUAAUGAUCAUCGUCACCUUCCUGAUCACCCCCACAUGUCCAGGCUAUCAAUCUGCAGUAACAGCAGUACUACAAAUAAUCCCAUGUAUUCUAAUGGUGAUUUGAUCUGCCAAGACGACCAAGACGAAGAAGACGACGACGACAAUAAGACUGUGGGGAUGUGCAUGUCCAUGCUGUCCAUCGAAAGCUUUGAUGCUGAUGACGAGGAAUGCUCUGAUGAAAAAGAGGGUGAUAUUAAUAUUAAUGAGGGACUAGUUUUGUGGGACUCCGACGAUGAAUUACAAGUGGGCUUUUGCUCCUUGCCGGCGACGCCUCCACGACGAAGGCCAAUAACCAGGGGAAGAGAAGGUAGCGGAGGAGGAGGAGGAUACGUUAUUAAUUCGCAGCAGGUCAAAAAGGAGUAUGGCAGCGAGAACGAAGGUGAUCAUCAGAAGUUGGGUGUUCUUCUCGGACAACAGGACGCAACUGCUAGGAAGAGGAGGAGGAGGAGGAGGAGGAUCACGAGUGAAGGAUGGGGCGUAGGAGGAGCUCAUUUCAUCAUUAAUAACAGUGGCGCUACUAGUACUUUUACAACUGCUAGUUAUAAGGAGAAGAACGUGCAUGGACGGCUGGAUGAGAAAGAGAAAGAGGAAGAGGAUGAAGAUGAUGAUAAAAUGGAGAUAGGCAGUGGUGGUAGGAAUAUGAUUAGUAAUGGGUGCAUGAUGAGCAACAAGGAGGAGGAUAACAAGGGCAGCAGCUGCUUUACUACUACUACUACUACUACUACUACUGGGACAGGGGAAGAGAGUACUGAAGGGGGUGGGGGAUUGGUGGUGAUAACCAGGCCUAAGGGAGGGAGGAGGUGUCUGUGCAUGGACUUGGAGGAAGUGAAGGCCUGCAAGGAUCUUGGGUUUGAGUUGGAACACGAGCCCAUUGCUCGGUUUCCCACCGACCAAUAUCCUAGUCCCACUUCUGUCUCUGCCUCUGCUUCCCCAAUCCACCAGCAGCAGCAUCUGGAGUACUACCCCAACACCAGCAGUGGCGCCAAUUCUCCAAUCCUCUCUUGGCGCAUGAUCUCCAGCCCUGGUGACGAUCCACGAGAUGUCAAGGCACGGCUGAAGGUAUGGGCGCAGGCAGUGGCCCUUGCAUCGACUUCUCGCCAAACCACCUAGAGGAGGAUUGAUUUACAUUUGAAGAUUAAGAGAACUUUUUUUCUGUUCUUUUCGUAUAUAAUUUGGGAAAAAGAAAAAAAAAAAAGGUUCCUCUUCUGCAUUUACGUUUCUUGCCCUUGUAAAUGUAUGGAUAUGAUAGGCAGUAAGGAGACGUGCUUGGUGUAAACUUGUAAGACUGUUAAGAGUUCAUUUUGGGAAUGAUUUUUGAGGGGUUCAGCAUUCAA